AUGUAUCUAUUUUCUCGAAUAAAUCAUUUACGUGUACGUUCAGAACAAAUUAAAAUUCCAAUUAAUGAACAAAAUCUUAUAAUAAAUUUAGCGAAAAAAAUUCUUAAUAGUCCAUUAAAAAUUUUAGCUAUUGAUUUUGAUAAAACAUUAAUUGAUGAUGAUAGUGGAAGUUCAAUGAGUUUUGAAAAUAUUUAUAUUCGUAAUCAAUUUUUUUGGCUUAUUAAACAUAUAAUUCAACAUAAAUGGAUUUGUAUUACUAGUUUUAAUGAAAAUACACCAACUACAUUCAAUGAAAAUCUUGUUACGCAAACUAUAGUUCGUCGUCUUUUAAAAUUAACUGAUAAAAAUUUAUCUCGUCAUUCAAUAAAUAAACGACUUGCUCAAGAAUAUAAAAUUAUUAUUGAAUCAUAUCCUAGUCGAUCUUAUGGAAAAAUCGAACAUAUACAAAAUUGUAUUAAUCAAAUUCAACAAAUUUCAUCAUAUUCAUUCGAUAUUCAACCAUAUCAUGUAGCUCUCUUUGAUGAUAAUCAAAUGAAUAUAAAAGAAGCUAAAAAAUAUUUUCCAGCUGUAUUAAUUCCAAUUAAUGAAUUUAAUACAAGAUCAAAAUCUAUAGAACCAAUGAUAUCUUUAAUUGAUCAACUUACACAACAAUCAUGGAAUGAAUAUGAAAAAACAAAAACAAAAAGAAAAUAUUCCAGAGGUGAUAGAUUACAAGGAUCUGAAUUCUAA